AUGGGAAGGCUACCCAACAACGAGAAAAAUGAAGUGAAGAAAGGACCUUGGACUCCGGAAGAGGACAUAGUCCUAGUCUCUUACGUGCAAGAAAAUGGCCCUGGUAACUGGAGAGCUGUUCCUGCCAAUACCGGGUUAGCGCGGUGCAGUAAGAGCUGUAGGCUCAGGUGGACUAAUUAUCUCCGACCAGGAAUCAAGCGCGGUAACUUCACAGAUCAGGAGGAUAGGAUGAUCGUCCACCUUCAGAGGCUUCUUGGCAAUAGGUGGUCUGCUAUUGCAUCUUACCUCCCACAGAGAACUGACAAUGAUAUAAAGAACUACUGGAACACUUAUCUCAAAAAGAAGCUGCUGAGGAAGCAAGCCCGUGGGGCUGGUGAUGAUCAGAAUGUUGCUAGGGGAGCCAAUUCUGAGGCUUCCUCCUCAUCAUCAAAAGGCCAGUGGGAGAAAAGGCUUCAAACAAAUGUUCACAUGGCUAAACAAGCUCUUUCUGAAGCUCUGUCCCUUGACAAGUCUCCUUCUGCUAGCACUGUCACUGCUGCUUCCCCUGCACUCUCGGCCCAAGCCACUACUUCCACCGGAGCACCACGAGAGCAAUCACCAGCUUCCCCCUAUGCUGCAAGUGCUGACAACAUAGCUCAUUUGCUCAAAGGCUGGAUGAAAAAGCCUGCUGCUUCUUCAUCAUCCUCUCAAGGCCAUGGAACAAUCUCAUCAGAGAUUACUACAACUCAUGAUUACUCCAACUCUGUCAAAUAUAACAACCAUUUUUAUCAGGCUGGAAGUUCUAGUGCUGCAGGUUACAGCCCACCUAGCGAUGGACAGACCCCGGAGUGUGGGAUUACUGGUGGUCAUCGCGGUCUAGACUCUUUUUUCAACAAGUUCAACUCCUCAAAGAAUUAUGCAUUUCCUGCAAAUGCACCUCUGGAUGGACUAGCCAAUUUGAGGGCAGAAGGUAAUGCUAACAAUGGGCUGUUUAUGUUUCCAGAUCGCAAUUAUGGUAAGCUCAAUGUCCAUCAUCAGCAGCAACUGCAGCCAAUGCCUCCUAUGAGUUUGAUUGACAAUUGGCUCUUUGAUGAUGUGACUGCUGCCGCGAACCAAGCUGAACAACAUAACUUGAUGCGAAACAUGUUUUGAGGAGCUAGUCUGGGGAUUUUGAAAACCUCUGGAGGUUUGCUUGAAUAACUUUUGAGCAGAUAAUUCAGAGUGCAA